GGCACGUCAACGCGUCAUUAGUCGAGAAACCUGCCUAUUUUCCUCGAAAGUACGUAAACGUCCCGAUUACAAAACUAUACGAUAUUACAGAGAACAAGUUAAUUAUCUCACAUCUCGUAAAAAAAAUAUCCAUAAUGUUGUCGUUGUUGUUGACGGAAUUGAUACUAAUGUUGGGUUUUUGAGCUAGCGCCCAACGGACUCCCUGAAGGAGAACUCGCCUUGUCCCAGAAUGCACCGCGGCACCCACUGACGACGCAUAGCCGAGUUCAAUGGCGUUUCCCAUCUCCUCUAAAGUAUAUCUGUUAUAUCUGACACCUUUCCAUCUGUUGUGUGAGAGUGUGCAUGGUCAUGGUUAACCGGAUGGUAACGUCGGGUAACUCGGUAACUACAGACGCCACGGUAGCCCGCCCGUUCACAGUACAUACACAUAGGCGUUACUGGUCCUGUAGGUGUGCUAGGUUAGCUAUGUAGCUAUAAAUUAUCUGAUGGGAGCUGCAUUGCACCGAAACUUUAGUUUUGAUCGAUAACUGGUUAUGAGAGACUAGUAUAAUCACCCACAACACGUCUGCAGUAUGAAGCUAACACGGAAGUUGGUCCUGGCCAAAGCCAAGGCCUCGGAUCUGGACAGUGUGAAGAAACUCAACUGCUGGGGCUGCAACUUGACAGACAUCUCCAUAUUUAACCAGAUACCCCACAUCGAGGUCCUGACUCUCAGUGUGAACUCCAUCUUGUCCCUGUCAUCUCUGUCGGGCUGUGUGUCUCUGAGUGAGUUGUACCUCAGACGGAACCUCAUCCCUUCUCUCUCAGAGCUCUCCCAUCUCCGCCCCCUCACACGCCUACGAGUGCUCUGGUUGGCUGAGAACCCCUGCUGCGGAACAGACCCCAGCCAAUACCGUCUCAACGUGUUGCGAUGCCUGCCACGCCUACACAAACUGGACAACCAGGUGGUGACAGAGGAGGAGCUUACUUUUGCUCUAAACGAGGGAGAGGAGAUAACCACACCCCCUGCCGCCGCCCAGAAGCAGUUCUCGACCAGUGGUCAGCCAGAGAUCGUCAGCUCCACCAAUGGACAGACAGAGACCGAAUCAGAGAACGACCCCCUCAACUACAGUAUGGAGGAGACCAAUAAGAUCCGGGAACAGUUGGGGAUGAAGCCUAUUCCUAGAGACAAGUUCUCCUCCCCAUCACCUCGACCUGCAGCUAGGAAGUCCCACACUCUGGAGGCGGUGCUGAUGCUGUUGAAAGAUCUGGAGGAGGAGGAGCUACGCAUCGUUCACACGGCAACCCAGAACAGACAGCUUCGAUCGCACACACACCCCAAGCUGACACACACGCUACAGGGAGAGACAACCACUGACACACACACACUGCAGGGAGAUGGAACCACUGACACACACACACUGCAGGGAGAUGGAACCACUGACACACACACGCUACAGGGAGAGACAACCACUGACACACACACACUGCAGGGAGACGGAACCAUCGACACACACACACUGACAAACUGCAGAGAGAGAACGACCGACAUCGAGCACUGACACACACACACACUGACACACACACACACUGACACACACACACACUGACACACACUCCAACACUGACACACACACUCCCAUUGACUUUAAACACUAAUUCAACCACCCAACGCUGAGGUAGACACACAAGUCAUGUUUAAGCUCUGUGACCAGAGGGAGAGGUAAGGGUUCACAUGCUCCCCUAGGUACAGAUCUAGGAUCAGCUUCCCCUCCCCAAUCCUAACCUGAACCAUUAGUGGGGGGGAAAUGCAAAACGGACCCAAGAUCAGCGUCUAUGGACUUCACCCUACUCCGGGCUCACCCACCCACCAAGCCUUGGUACACACAUGCUUCAGUAUUGUUGUGACAGCCUUUUAACCAAAUAGAGGAGACUGAAGGGAGAAGUCGUGGCUAUCUAUUCUCUAGCGGAGCGGGGCUAUCUAUUCUCUAGCAGAGCGUGGCUAUCUAUUCUCUAGCAGAGCGUGGCUAUCUAUUCUCUAGCAGAGCGUGGCUAUCUAUUCCCUAGCGGAGCGUGGCUAUCUAUUCUCUAGCAGCGCGUGGCUAUCUAUUCCCUAGCGGAGCGUGGCUAUCUAUUCCCUAGCAGAGCAUGGCUAUCUAUUCUCUAGCAGAGCGUGGCUAUCUAUUCUCUAGCAGAGCGUGGCUAUCUAUUCUCUAGCAGAGCGUGGCUAUCUAUUCUCUAGCAGAGCGUGGCUAUCUA